CAGUUUUUAUUUUUUGUUAAAAAGAAAAAAGCAAUGUAAGUGUUUCUCAAUAAAAAUAAUUUUUUUUAUUCAAAUAAAACAAGAUUCCAUUUAACCUUAAUUCCCGCGUAAAAACAGAAUCAGGACUUAUAUUAUGGGACGGAGGGAGUAAUAUAAUUUCAUAAAUCAUAGACCAUCAUUUAACUACCUUAAAAUUUUUAACAUAUUUUCAUUUAAGAUACCUAAAAUACUUCGCCAAACAUAACCAAAGUGGAUACCAAUUCUCCUUCAAGUCCUUUUCUCUCCCUCAACAAAAACAAAAAAAAAAAUCAAAUACUUGUCCUAUUUUGCUGGGCCAGAUUGUCUAUCAUUCACUUAUCUGAUAUGGUGAUAUUCCAAGGAGCUGAAAUUUAAUGUAGAUUCCUCCUUUUAUUGUGCUCUCAUACCUGAAUAUCAUACCCACCCAAAAAUCUCCUAAACCUUUUUUAUCAAGACCCAAUUGUUCAAGCAUCGAAUCUCCAAAAAUCCCACUUACAAUUUUCCAUCUGAAAAUCAAAUCUGUGAUCUGGGUUUUCAUUAUUUCAACUCAAACUAAUUUAAAGUCAUGAACUUUAGGAGCUUAGAUGAUUUCUGGGCUUUUUACAUGAGUCAACACUCUAAACCAUCAACAAGGCGUUUGCAUUUUGCAGGUACAAUUAGUGGAAUUAUCAUCUUUAUAUACUCUUUGUUGUUCAACUGGAAAUUCUUGCUUUUAGCACCAUUAAUUGGGUAUGGAUUUGCUUGGUAUAGUCAUUUCUUUGUUGAAAGAAAUGUUCCUGCAACAUUUGGGCAUCCGAUUUGGUCAUUUUUAUGUGAUUUUAAGAUGUUUGGAUUGAUGAUUACUGGUGGAAUAGAUAAAGAGAUCAAACGACUUGGUAAAAGACCUAUUCUUCAACCUUUCUGAUUCUACUUUGUGGGUUAUAUUUUUUUUGUUAUUAUUGAUUAAAAGUAUUGUGAGAUAUUUCAUGUUAAUUCUUGUAUAUAGUUGUAUUCUUAUGAUUUGUGUUCUUCACAAUCAGUUGUUGUCAUACUCUUGUAAACUGGUUUAGAGAUUAUGAUAAGGAGUAUUACAUUUACUUGGAAAAUUCUAUGUUCAUUGGUGGAAAAGAAACUUGGGAAAAUGUACCUUUAUAUAGUUUUAGACACUUUAUUUGGUCCACAUAGUUUAUACAGACGUUGCUAUGAUAUCAGACUCUUUUGUUUAUGUUAGAAACGGGUUUGUUUCCAAGUGUCCGACUUGGUUAUUAAAUGUGAAUAUUUCAAAUUUUUGGUCCA